CUGUCGUUUCUCUUGUACACCUGUCAACGUAUGUCAAUAAUUAAAGCAACGAGAUUCAAAUCGGUGAGGAAGAAAAGCAUUAUCGUUAUCAAUUUUAUCAGAGAUGCGCGGGCGCAAUUGGUUAUCGCGUUUCGAAAUUCGAACUGUGAUGAUUUUGCAGUAGCGCGCCAACCACCGUUUAGAGCGCAUGUGUGUUGCGCAGUUCUAAAAUCCCUCGUGGUCGGUCUCCGUUUUUCUAACACACAAUUAAAAUGACACGACUACCUCAUAUAACAACGGUGUUGGCCGUGGUAGCGAUAACCUCGAGCAGUAUCGUCAAGUCACCAACUGACGGGCAGAACUUCGAGCUGCUCAUCCUGCACAACAAUGACAUGCACGCCAGGUUCGAGCAGACGUCGCAGCUCAGUGGCGCUUGCACCACCGCUGACCGGGAGGCGGGGAAAUGCUAUGGAGGAUUUCCCAGAGUUGCUCAUGUAGUGAAAGAGGCAAGAAAGGCAGCCGCGUCCGGCGAAGGGCCCCCGGUUCUAUACCUCAAUGCUGGUGACACGUAUACGGGGACCGCCUGGUUCACGGUCUAUAAAUGGAAGGUUGCCGCCGAGUUCCUUAACGCCUUGCAACCUGACGCUGUUUCCCUCGGGAACAACGAUUUCGAAAACGGAUCCACCGAACUGUCUCCGCUUCUACAACACUUGGAUACCGCAAUUCUGGCCAGUAAUGUUAUCAUUGAUACGAAGGAAGCAAAACACACCAUCCAAAAGUCUAUUGUGAAAGAUAUUCAAGGAAUUAACGUCGGUAUUAUCGGUUAUCUUACUCCAAUAUCAGAUGGCAAUGAUUCAGUUGAGUAUAUCGACGAAGUGAGAGCUGUAAAUGAAGAAGUAGCCAAACUUAAGGCUAAUGGUGUAAAAAUUAUAAUAGCUUUGGGCCAUUCUGAGCUCGCAAAGGCUGUUGAAUUAGCAACUGAAGUGGACGGUAUUGACUUGGUUAUUAAUGGACAUAAAAACCUUUUCUCUUCGAAUGGAGUAAAUAUUGAAGACUCCACGAUAGAAGAAAUUGUUGUAGUCCAAAAGUCUUUAAAACGCGUACCUGUCGUGCAAUCGUACGCAUACAACAAACAUCUUGGGAAAAUACACAUUGUAUUUAAUGCCGAUGGUGAUAUAUCUGAUUAUAAGGUUGAUACGAUUUUGCUUGAUGACACAGUUGAUCAUGAUGCUGAAAUAACUGACAUUAUUCAAAGGUAUAAGAGAGAUGUUUCUGCAUCUACACCAAUUGGCAGUACUGUUGUUUUUCUGGAAGGCACUUCAUGCAAAGUUGAAGAAUGCAACUUCGGUAACUUAGUUGCAGAUUCCAUGGUUUAUUAUUAUGCAAUCAGUCACCAAGGUGAACGAUGGACUGAUGCACCAGUGGCGAUUAUAAGUGGAAACACUUUCGCUGGUAAUAUAAGACCACUAGUUCGCCCUUUCAGAGUUAGCAGACAGGACUUGAUUACUACGAUAGCAGAAUCAUCCAAUUUAGUAGUAGUAACAAUGAGUGGUGUUGUACUGAAACAGGUACUCGAACAUAGUGUUAGUGAAUAUAGUGCUCAUAAACAAUCAGACCGUUUUCUCCAAUUCUCUGGUAUAAGAGUGGUGUACGACUUAGAGAAAGAACGUGGCUCGAGAUUAGUGAGUGCUGUCGUGCGCUGCUGGGAUUGCUCUAUUCCUGAAUUCUUUGCUAUAAACGAUACAGCCAGCUACAAAAUAAUAAUGCCCUCCACCCUAGCAAGUGGAAGCUAUGGAUUCUCAAUGUUAGCUAACCAGACUAAAGAAGAACUCAAUUACGAUGCCAUUACAUGUACUGAAGAAUAUAUCAAAAAGAGAAGUCCUGUGUACCCAGAAGUAGCCGAACGUAUUUCUUUGGGGAAUCAUGAAUUUGACAAUGGCGUAUCCGGACUUACACCUUUCAUACGAAACCUAUCAUGUCCUGUGGUGGCCGCAAAUCUUAUUCUUACUUCAGAGCCCACGCUAGAAGCUGAAAAAAACUUAAUGAAAUCAGUUGUAUUUAAUAUUAAUGGCAUUAAAAUUGGCGUUAUUGGAUAUCUAACACCUGACACUAAAACAUUAGCGAUUGGAAACAAUGUAGAAUAUGUAGAAGAAAUAAUUGCAAUCAGAGAAGAACUAAAUCGACUUAAAAACGAGGGCAUUCAAAUAUUUGUUGCUUUAGGACAUUCUGGAUUUGACAAAGAUUUAGAAAUAGCACAAAAAGUAGAAGACAUUGAUCUCGUGAUAGGUGGCCACACUAAUACUUUUUUGUGGAACGGAAAAACAAUAGAUUCUGAAAUACCUCAAGGUCCAUAUCCUACAUUAGUAAAGCAAAAGUCUGGAAGGCAGGUUCCAGUAGUACAGGCUUAUGCUUUUACCAAAUAUAUGGGAAAGUUGCAUCUAAUAUUUGAUUCCCGUGGAGAAAUUAUGAGCUUUGAUGGAAAUCCAAUUCUUUUAAAUAAUUCUGUGCCGCAGGAUCCUAACGUACUAUCCCUAGUUCAUAGAUAUCGUGAAAGUAUAGAACAAAUUACAGAAUCUGUCAUAGGUGCAUCAUCAGUGCUUUUAGACGGCCUGACAUGUCGCCUGCAAGAAUGCAAUUUAGGUAAUUUGAUAGCCGAUGCAAUGGUUGAUAAAUACGCUUCCGAGUAUGUGGGGGAGGGAUGGACAGACGCUCCAAUAGCAGUUAUGCAGGGUGGUGGAAUCCGUGCAUCGAUCAGUCAUGCCGAUCAACUUUUUAAUAUUACUAAAGGGGAACUUUACACUGUCAUGCCUUUUGCGGGCAAUCUUGUAAAAAUAGCUAUGAAUGGAUCAAAUGUCUUGAAAAUGCUGGAACACUCCGUCGCUGAUUACAAUAUCAUCCGUGCACCUGGUCAAUUUUUACAAGUAUCAGGUUUAAAAGUAGAAUAUGAUCUCAAAAAGCCAUCAGGAACCAGGGUUGUAAAAGUACUAGCUCGUUGUGGAAAAUGUCAAAUUCCUGUUUAUGAGCUUCUAAGCAAAACUGCAGAAUAUAAUGUUCUAUCAAGUGGAUUUCUCGCUAGUGGAGGCGAUGGAUUCUUCAUGUUUAAAGGAUUGCCAAUGACAUCACUCGGGAACCACGAAUUUGAUCAAGGCGUAAGCGGACUAUCGCCAUUCAUAGAAAAUUUAACUUGUCCGGUUCUAGCCUCUAAUCUUAUUCUAACGAAAGUUCCUGAAUUGGAAAAAGCAGCUAAUUUAAGAAAAUCUGUAGUAUUUAAUAUCUCUGGCACAUCUGUUGGUGUGAUAGGAUAUCUAACGCCUGAAACAAAAAUGUUGGCUGUAAAAAAUGAUAUUGAAUACAUAGAUGAAAUUGAUGCUGUUAAAGAAGAAGUCCAAAAAUUAAAAAGUGAAGGAGCUCAUAUUAUCAUAGGUCUUGGGCACUCGGGAUUUUUGAAAGAUUUAGAGAUAGCGAAAGCAGUAGAUGGCUUAAAUCUUGUGAUUGGUGGGCAUUCAAAUACAUUCCUCUGGAAUGGUACCAGUCCAGAUUCUGAAAAAUCCUUAGGGCCUUAUCCUACAUACGUCACUCAAGCAUCUGGUAAGCAAGUCCCAGUAGUACAAGCGUACGCAUAUACUAAGUACCUUGGUAAACUCCACAUGGUAUUUAAUAAGAAAGGAGAGUUACUGAGCGCAGACGGUGUUCCUAUAUUAUUAGACAAGACAAUUCCUCAAGACCCUGAUGUUUUAGAAAUUGUGAAAAGGUAUCGCGUCCAAAUUCUUAACUAUACUGAAGAAGUUAUUGGAACUACGUCAGUUGUUUUAAAUGGACUCGAUUGCCAACACGAAGAAUGCAAUAUGGGAAAUUUAAUAACAGACGCUAUAAUUUAUCGUUAUGCUAGUGAGUACAAAGGUAAAAAUCACUGGACGGAUGCAGCUAUAGCAGUUAUUCAAGGCGGUGGUGUGAGAUCGUCUAUAGCACACGCUGAAAUGCCAUAUAAUAUUACUAAAGGCGAUUUAAUAGCGGUAAUGCCUUUUCAAGGGCCUCUUGUUAUUGUGACUAUGAGUGGAAAUGUUUUGAUGCAAAUGUUGGAACAUUCGUCACUUGGAAAUCACGAAUUUGAUGAAGAAGUACAAGGAGUGAUACCUUUUAUAAGAAACCUAUCAUGCCCUAUUGUAACGGCUAAUCUCAUACUAAACAAAGUACCUGAACUUGUAAAUAUACCUAACUUACACAAUUCGAUAGUAAUACUUAAAAAUGGAGUUCAAAUAGGAAUAAUUGGUUAUUUGACACCGGAGACUAAAUUUCUGGCACCCAAAAAUAACGUGGAAUACGAAGAUGAAAUUUUAGCUCUUAAUAGAGAAGUGAAAAAAUUAAAGAAUCUAGGAAUACAUAUUUUGAUAGCUCUCGGGCAUUCCGGUUUUUUGAAAGACUUGGAAAUCGCUGAAAAGGUUGACGAAAUAGAUUUAGUAAUAGGCGGUCACUCGAAUACAUUUCUCCUCAAUAGCAACAGCACAGACGAAAUUCCAGAAUACCCUACAGGACCUUAUCCAACUUUGGUGCAACAGAAAUCUGGAAGAAAAGUUCCCGUAGUACAAGCUUAUGCGUACACUAAAUAUCUUGGAAAAUUGCAUCUAGUUUUCAAUGAUGAAGGUGAAAUCAUCAGAUACGAUGGAUAUCCGAUAUUAUUAAAUAAUGAUGUGCCAGAAGACCCAGAGGUACUUGAAAUAGUUAAAAGGUAUCAGAAGGACAUUGAUCGAAUAAACGACGAAGUUGUUGGUACUUCGCUAGUAUUUCUCGAUGGAGAUUCGUGCCGUCUCAGAGAAUGUAAUAUGGGCAACUUCAUCAACGACGCAAUCGUCGAUUAUACGAAAAAGUAUUUCAAGAAUAGUCCACAUUUUUACAUAGCAAUCACUCAAGGAGGCAGAAUAAGAACAUCAGUAGGCCGCCCAGAAAAGCCCUUUAAUAUCACUAGAGGUGAUAUAAUAACUGUAAUGCCGUAUUCCGAUACAUUAUGUGUACUAACAAUGAACGGAACAGUAUUAAGACAAGCUUUGGAGCAUUCAGUGAAAGCUUGGCGGUUUAUUGAUACUCCAGGUCAAUUUCUGCAAUACUCAGGUGUUAAAGUAGUAUAUGAUUUAGCCCAAAAAGCAGGCUCACGCAUAGUUAAAGCAGCGGCGAUCUGCUCUGAAUGUUCUGAGCUAAUCGAUCUCCAAGACAAUUCUGAGUACAAACUGAUUACGUCUAUUUUCAUAGCAGACGGAGGAGACGGUUAUACGAUGUUCGAAACACUACCAAGAGACGUAGUGCCUUAUAAUGAAGUUGAUUGUGCUAUUGAUUAUUUAGCCAAUCAUAGCCCCAUAAAUACAGUAUUAUCUAAUAGAACAAUUAUACUAAAUGAAGAUAAAGUGGUAACUGUUCCAAAUGCUCAUAUAAUUUCCACGCCAUUAAAUGCUGCUGUAGCUGUUCAGUUAAAUACUAAAAUAUAUUAUCUAUUGUCAGUAGUUAUAUUUAUACAUUAUAUUUACUAAGUAAUUUUUAAAAACCGACUUCCAAAGCCACUACAAAAUGAAAAACAUUCUUUUUUUCUACAAUGUACCUACACCAUAGAAAUUCCAAAAUCGAUGAUCUAUUCUACACGUAUGUUUAAUGUUACCGUGGUAUGUGAACCUAGAAAUUGACGUAUGAUACUCGCCCGACUUCAACAAAGUAGAAACAAAAAUAUGUUUUACUUUGUAGCGGCUUUGGAAAUCGGUUUUUGAAAUAAAAGAUACAGCUUAAAAGGUAGCGCGCACUGCGAUUUUUAUUCGCGCGAUUUAUUUUCCGUACCUUCCCUGCCCGCACUGCGUAUGCGGUGAGCGCCAUACAAUACUCCAUAUUGUACAAAAUAUUCGCGCAAAAAUACCGCAAUUUGUAUCUUUUCCGCGCGAAUUUUAAAACGCAGUGCGGGUAUCUCUAUGAUUUCAAGUGUUACAGAAUUGCGAAAAAAAUCGCACGAUUUUUAUUCUUAGUGCGGGCUAGCUCUUAUAGGCUACAGACAGACAGCGAAGGCAGAAUAGAAAAAAGAAAAAGACGCAGCGUCUCGGCUCCACCAGCUCCGCUCCACUCCACUCUACGUUGCACUUUAUGUGUAAUUUUUAUACUAGAAUUUAUACAAUGCAGUCAAUACCUACCUAUCCUAAAAAUAAUAAAAUGCGUUAGUACUGACCUAGGAUACCUAGGCACUAGGUCACAUUUUAUGGUUUAAGGACUUGCAUUUUCCAUGAACAAUAAAUAAUACUUAAUUAAUAUUACGGGUAGAACGCCGCGCCGUGUCCGCAGGCUUAGGUAAUUAUUUUUAAUUUACUAAUAUAAUUAUUUAUUUAUUUUAUUUACUAUGGUAAAGUAGGAAAACUUACAGAUACAAGUAUUAUGACGUUUUAUUUACCCAAAAAGAUUUGGACAUUAAUGAGAGAAAAUCUUGAGUUUAUACUUAUAUAAUGUUCUCAAAUAUUUUUUUCUUUUAUAUACUUACAUAUAAGUAGAUUUUAAUACUGAAGAUAUGUUUACAUUCCUGUUAUUUUA